CAAGGACUCUGACGUAGGUGACUGAGAGCACUCAUGUUUUCUCCAGCUGGGUGAGACGUACGGAGUAAGAAGGGGGAAAAAAAAGAACGGAAAGAGCCAAUGAGCAAGUCAAACGACGGUCGGAUUUCGGGGUGAUGUUUGCACGACUGGGAAAGAAUGCGAAUUGCUCAAGCAGUCCAGUCAGGGUGAGGAGGUGCUCGGUGCUGUCCACCCAACCCCGGCCCGCAGCUCUGUGACGGCAGCGAUGGAGAAACAGGCCAUGAUGGUUCUUGCGGACGAAGGGCGCGUGCCUCCGAUCGCCCCCGCCUCGGCGUCCACGCCCCCUGCCUUCUUCGUAAUCCUGAAGCCAGGCCAGGCAGGGGACGGCGGACUCGAGCAGCAGGGUAUCCUGGUGUCCAACCAGGACGUGAACCUGGCCACCAACACGGUGGCCAGCAUCCCGUCCCCCGGUCUCCUGCCCCUUGCCCCCAGAAACGCCGCGGGCAUCACGCCCAUCAAGCCCAAGAACCUCUCCGAAAACCUUCCCCCGGAGAGCAGCUGCAGAGGGGUGAAGGUCACCCUGGACAACAACAACAUGUGGAACGAGUUCUACCGGUGCAGGACGGAGAUGAUCCUGACCAAGCAGGGCCGGCGCAUGUUCCCCUACUGCCGCUUCCGCAUUUCCGGGAUGGAGCCCUUCCAGAGGUACAUCCUGGUCAUGGACAUCACCCCCAUGGACAACAACCGCUACAAGUGGAACGGGCGCUACUGGGAGAUCAACGGCAAGGCCGAGCCCCACGUGCUCGGCCGGGUCUUCAUCCACCCGGAGUCCCCCUCCUCGGGGCACUACUGGAUGCAGCAACCGGUGUCCUUCUACAAGCUGAAGCUGACCAACAACACCCUGGACCAGGAGGGGCACGUCAUCUUGCACUCCAUGCACCGCUACCUGCCCCGGCUGCACAUCGUCCCCGCGGACAAGGCCACCGAGGUCAUCCAGCUGAACGGGCCGGACGUCAUGACCUUCACCUUCCCGCAGACCGAGUUCUUCGCCGUCACGGCCUACCAGAACCUGCGGAUCACUCAGCUCAAGAUCGACUACAACCCCUUCGCCAAGGGCUUCCGGGAGGACGGGCAGUGCUACCGGCCCAUCAAGUUCAAGGGCGACGCCCCGGCUACGGGGGGCUCGGACCCCAAGGCGAGCCCCUUCCCCCCCCUGGACCUGAGCAAGACCUCGCACAGCGGGGAGGAGGGGAAGCCACCCAGGAAGACCCUGAAAUCUCUCUUUGGGUCGCCAGAGGUCUUUGAUGAAGUGAUGGAUCAGGAGUUGUUUGGUUCCGAGGGAUACGACAUCGGCUUCCUCAAUGACGAAAUACUCCCGAUCAAGUCGAACGCCACCCCUAAAACUUCCAGCAAUAGAAAACCACCUCGAACAAGUACGCCUGUUCCUACGCAGGAGGGAAAUGUCAGGGGGAAGAAGGAUGGGCCGGACACUAAACGCCAAAGUAGCUCAGAGCUGUUCCGAAUGGCCAGAAAAGAAGAUGGAGAGUCCCCUGUGGAUAACGGGGGCUCCCAGAAGGAGCAGCACGAUACCCAGCUGGGAGUUGCCAAAGCCAAGGUGUUCUCCAUAGACAGUGGGAGACCUGCAGUUUGCAUUAAGCCUUGUUCCGACUUCGCUGAUGAGGCUGCGACUCCAGAGGUCCGGCAGGAGCGGUCAUCCGCCGCGCCCUUUCCAGAUGUCCAUCCUCCUGAGAAGGAUAAGGGCGGUGCUGGAAUCACUGAUCUCCCUGUGAAGGUUUCUCCAGUCACUCCUAGUGAAACCGAGAAACCAGCGCUGAAAGACAUCCUACAACUGCAGCAGAAAGGCCAGCCUGUGCCACCGCCCAAGGCCUUUCUGUUUCAGGAAACUCAGGAGAAAAUUAGCAGCAUUUUGUCUGCCAAGAGGCCUAUUGCACCCAAACCCCCUCCGGACGCCAAGGGCCUCGUGUCCUCAGAAAGCCUGCUGAGGCCGGACAAGCAAGUGAGCAGCAGUGAGGCAGCUGCCCCCUCAGCCAUUAAAAGCCCCAAAAUUUUACAUCCCCCUGGGAAAAAGAGGCGUCAGCGCAAAGUGAGGUUUGGCAAAGUUGGGAAGCCCUCAAAGAAAACAGGAGUGACUGGCACCGGACCAGUGCUUGGCAGCCCAACCGAUGCCAGCAUGCAGCCGGACCUGGAGGAGGUGGAGGGUGUUCUCUUUGUCUCUUUCACCUCCAAGGAUGCCCUUGAGAUUCAUCUCGGGGAUCAGCCACAAGGAGGCGACACCAUUCAGCCACCAGAAACUGCUGAGAUCCCAGAGAAAAAUGAAGUCCCUGAGAGCUUGCAAGACCGAAUACUUCGAUUGCAGGACGCGCUUCUGAAGGAUCUGAAACGUUUCAAACACAGACAAGCAAUCCACCCAGUUCUGCAGGAAGUUGGGCUCAAGCUGAACUUUGUGGAUCCCAGUCUGGCCAUUGACUUGAAGUAUCUGGGUGUGCGAUUGCCUCUGCCGCCCCCAGUACCGUGUGCUGGAACAGAUGGGAACCCAGCUGCCCAGACAUCAUCUCCUGAUGUCCCUUUCAUCUCCAGGACAGGUAAAACAAAUGAUUUCACUAAGAUAAAAGGAUGGAGAGAGAAGUUUAAUGUGAAUUCGGAGGCUUCAUCAUCAAGGACUGAGGGAAGUGGAGGCUCAGAGGGAGCCCUGAAGAAUCGCUCCGCCUUCUGCAGCGACAUGCUUGAUGAGUACCUGGAGAAUGAAGGGAAGCUGAUAGACGAGCGAGCUGCCAGCUUCUCGCAGAGCACCACCCUGGCCCCGGUGGCCUACCAGCUGCCCACUAAAAGCACCAGCUACGUCCGAACGCUGGACAGCGUGCUGAAGAAGCAGGCGCCGGCGCUGCCACCUCCCUCUCCGAGCUUCCCCUUCAAAGCUUUCUCCACUCCGAAGAGACCCAAAGCAGCGCCUAAGCAGAAGGCCUCCCCCAAGCCCACCGCGUCCCCGGGAGUCAAAGCCAAGCCAGGGGCGGCGGCAGCGAAACGGCCCCCCUCGCACAGCGCCAAGCAGAAAACGCUUCCUUCCUACAGCGCAGGGAAACCGGCCGCAAAGACCAAGUCGGCGCCCAUCUUCUACUGCCCCGCCUCCUCGGCGCCCCUGGAACCGGGCCAGGAGCAGCCUGUUUCCGAGCGGCUGGUCCUCAAGCAGGAGGCCGGUGGGCGGCCGGUGGCGGCCGCGAGCAGCCGGGUGGCCGGCCUGUCCAAGUCGCUGGCCAGGCUGAUGGACCUGGAGGAUGGGGCGCUGUGGGAGGGCAAGGGCCGUACCUACGUCACGGAGGAGAGGGCGGAGGUCGCCCUGGCUUCGCUGCUGACGGCUCAGGGGUCCCUGAAGGGCAGGCCCGUCGGCAGGAUUAUCAAGCGCCGAGCCCCGCCCUGCCUGAACGACUUCUGCCGGCUGGGCUGUGUGUGCGCCAGCCUGGCCCAGGAACGCCGCCUCCCCACUCACUGCCGCAAGCCCGAGUGCAUGUUUGGGUGCACGUGCCUGAAACGCAAGGUGGUCCUGGUGAAGACCUCGCCCAAGAGGAAGAAGACCACGAAGGCCGCCGAUCCCGAGGACCUCAUCUUCUACAAAGCCCUGGGAGAGGAAGAGGAGGAGGAGGACGGGGAGGAGGAGGAAGAGGGCAUGCCACUGAAGGCCAAGAAAAAGAAGAGGAGGAAGAUUGAAUACACGAUUUCUGAGCCCGAACCCGAAUCGGAGCCAGCAGCCCGCGUAUACACCUUGUGGAACCGGAAGGAAGGGGAGAUUGACCCAGAGCCUCUCUUCAUCCCUCCACCUUCAGCCUGCUACAGCCAGUCCUCUUCCUCAGGCUUCCCCAGAGUCUCAGGCAGCACGAGGAGCUACAUCCCCAAAGCUCACCCAGUGGUGACGGAGGAGGAGAAGGACCCAGUGUACCUGUACUUCGAGAGCAUGAUGACCUGUGCCCGAGUGCGCCACUACGCCCACAAGCGUGCCCAGAGCCAGCCCCUCUGCGCUUGCCGGUCCGUGCUCUGCAGCGGGAGGGAAGAUGAUCCGUACCACAGAUUUAUGGACUCAAAGACUGACGGGAAGCCUGGGAUGUUGAGAGCAGACACCCAGGUAUCUGCCCCUACCACACCCCAGAAGAUCCAGCCCCGCAUGCUGACUCCAUCUGAGCCCACUAGGAUGCUGGAGAUCGUCUCGGAAUGCAACUGGGAGCAGGAGCGUGACCGCAUCCUGAGGACAGUGUCCCAGCACAUGGCCCAGAAUAACCUGGCCCAGUCCUUCAAGGUGGGCCGCUACCUCAUUGAGCAGGUGAGCCAGAGCCACAAGAAGGAGGGGUCCGGCUCCGUCAUCACGUCCACGAUCCGCAUCUCCCUGCCUGCUGCCGAGACCGACGGAGCGGAACGGACGGCGACGCUGAAGGAGGAGCAGGCGGAGGGGAGCGCCAGCGCCAGGAAGAAGGAGCUGGAGGUGGUCGAGAUGCCCAGCGAAGGCACUUCGAAGUGUGCCGCCAAAAAGCUGCGGAAAAUGAAGGACAAACUGUCGAGAGGGAAGGCCUUGCCCUUCUACACAGGAGUCUCCCCAGCAGGUAUCCUGACAGCAAACAAGAAACAGCCAGGCAGCCCACAGCAGGGCCUCAUCAAGGUCAAUGGCAAAUCAUACCCACAAGCCAAACUACUGCUGGGCCAGAUGGGAGCAUUGCACCCAGCCAACAGACUAGCAGCUUACAUCACUGGCAGACUUCGUCCCAGUGCACUGGAAGCAUCGAGUACAGCCCUGCUCAAGCAGUCCAAAGGACUGCCCUCAGGGGAGGGAUUGGACACAGGCCUGACUGUGGAUGGCACGAACGAAGCCAGAGGAUCCCAGCGGCCUUCCCUCUCUGCAGCCUCCUCCACUGCCUGCUCCGGCACCACCACGGUCUCAUUGAGUAGUGGCACCGCCUCUCCAGGCAUCACCACAGUCACGCAGAAGCUGUCAGAGGAGACCCCAACGCCCACCGCCCCGGCGAUGAGCGUCCCAAGUGGAGGCAGCCCCACGGGUGGCGUGAACCCCACAAAUCGACGCCCUGGCACCCGCCUGCUCCUCAUCCCAGUCCAGCCCUCCUCCCCAGCAGUACGCCCGGCCACACCCUCGUUGGGCCCUCAGCUGUCUCCGGGUCAGAGGAUGGUGCUGCAGCCGGUCCGCAGCUCCACCGGCACCACGCUGUUCCGCCACCCCAAUGGACAGCUCAUUCAGCUGGUCCCUCUCAGCCAGCUCCGCACAGUCCAGCCCAACGUGCUCAUCCGCAACCCAGGUUCUGUGAUCCGUUUACCGGCCCCUCCACAUCCGCCUCCAGACUCCACUACGCCCCCUGCUGCUGCUGCUAAGUCUCCUGUGUGCAGCACUGCAGUCCUCGCUGGGCUUUCCCCAAGCACCUCAGCAACUUCUCCCACCUCAGGGUCUAAGGCAUCUGCUGCAGCAGGGUCUGCUCCAUCCGCCGUGUCUCAGGCUGCGAAGACGGGGACAGUCCCCAGCAUAAUGGGACACACAGAAACCUACACCCUCAGAAUCUCUCCUGCCACCGGGACUAAGCUGUCAGUUCAGGGACCAGAAUCCAAGCUCAUCACCUAUAGCUCGGGUGGUCAGCUCCCUGGCUCUCAGGCUAGUGUGCUUCCCAUCACGAGCGGUGGCUUCACUUUGCUUCAGAUCCCAAAAACCACCGCUGCUUCCGCAGCCAAGCCCAGUUCAGAACUUGUGCAGCCGGUCUUGCUAGAAGUACAGAAGCAGGUUCCAAAGGCAAAGGGUUCCCCUAAAGCUCCCCAGGAACAUGCUCCUGCACACGCAGAAGUGGUUCUGCAGCAGGUAAAGGUGAAGGAAGCUCAAAAAGCUUCUGAUCCUGCAAAAACCCAGCAAAAGGAAGAAAGUCCUGACCACUCUGAGGCUGAGGACACAGACGCGUCGCUACAGGAUGUAACGCCAGCAGGCAUCGUUUCCUCUGAUCAUUCGUACACCAGUGGGCGGGAUCCUGUUGAGUUAAAAGGCAGUGAUUCUGACCAUUCCUACACAUCUGGCCAGAUGCAGGACUCUGAAACACUUCUGGAUGGAAGUCUGCCAAAACCGCAGAGUGAGACUGACCCCGAGCUUGGUGUAACAAACCACAAACCCAGUAAGACUGUACUGGAAUCUGGUCAACCUGCUCCCAUCGCCCUUCUUAGUGGCAGCUCAAAGUCUUCAGUAUCAUGUGUUAAGGACUCGCUGGCAAAAAAUUCUUCUGGCGAAACUUGUGCGGAGUCCUCUACUUCUAAACAGUCUCUACCUCGUACAUUUUCUAAAGAAGACGUGAGCUCGGGGAAAUCUGGUGAGACGCGACCUGGUAGGCCAGCAUCUGAGGAGGAGGGCUCAGAAAGUCUGAGUUGCACUGAACCAUGUACUCAUCCCUCUGUGGAUACUAAAGACUGGACUCGCACCAAAAGUGGUGAGAGCUCCAGAGUGGAGAUUAAGGAAGAGGUACGAAACCUGGAGGAGGGGGAGGUGGAGGGAGUGGAGGGUGAACAAACAGGCGAUUCUGAGGUUGACGUGGAAGAAGAAGAUGAGAGCGAGGACGAUAGUGAGGAAGAGGAUAAUGAGCCUGCCAGUGAGGAGUCUGACCUGAGUGAGGAAGAUGAAGCCAUCGAUAUCGAGACGGUUGAGGAGCUUUCCGAGAAGAUCAAUAUUGCUCGGCUAAAGGCCGUGGCUGUCCAGAUGAAGCUUGAUAAAGUACGGAGCAUUCAUGAAGCGAAGAGGAAAGCUUCUGGAAUGAAACCAAAGCUAAAGCUCCAGCCUGGCGGCAGAGAGGAAGACGAGGUGGGAAGUGCCUCCUCCCUGCGGAUCAACCACACGGUCAACGAGCGCCGACGGCGCAGCGAACUGAGGGAGCUCUUCGAUAACAUGAAGAAAGUGCUGGGCCUGGAAAACCUGCCCAAGGCAUCCAAGUUUUACAUCCUCCGGCAGGCUCUCAAUGAGAUCCAGGCUCUGGUCGAUGAGUCUGACCGUCUGGAAGCACAGAAGAACAUGCUGAUGCGGAAGAGAUCUGUCUUCAUCAAAAAGGUUGCCCAGACGUCUGGAAAGACGGAGGAAUUGAUAAUCAAGAAGCUGGAGUAUAUCUGUGCCAAACAGAAAUCGCUGGAGACUCAGCGGAAGAAGUUGGCCCAGAGAAACAGUAGCAAGACGGUGACUACACAGCCUCACCCGGAGCCAGCCUUGAGUAUGGGCAGCCUGACCAGUCCAAGCUCACCUGUCAGAAGACCCCUGAUCCUGUCCAAGAGGAGGUCAUCAGCCCCCCAGCCCACAGGCUUACCCAGCUCAGUGUCGUCUCCGCUGGCCAGUCCGUCCUUGAGUGCUGGCAGCAGCACGGUGCCAGCAGAGGGAAGCAUUUUAACGUUCAAGGCUCAUGCCCCUGCACCCAGUCCUCUGUCAAGCACCAUCCUGCACUCGGACACAAACGCUCUUACUGCUGAAAUUGAAGGCGUGCCCAUUUCGUCAAUCCCUGGUGUAGCUUCCGUGACUAUUGAGGUCCCUGGAAUAUCUCUUCCAUUUCAGGUGAAAAACUUUCCAGAAUUGUCCAUUCCCGUCUCUGCACCUAACAAAGACUCCAAACCUGCUCAGGCAAAGGACAACCCAGCAGUGAGGGAAGGCUUCAGCAUGCCCAAGAUUGUCAGUUUGGCCUCACUGUUAUCCUCGAAGAAAGCUGCCGACAAAAAGGAGCGGAGAAAUCGACGCAUUCCAGACGAGCACGGAGCCUCCCAGUCUCUGAGCUCCUCCUUGGAUUGUGGUCUGGAGCUCAAAAAGGAUCAGGCUCCUUCAGGCAUGGCCGAGCAAAGGGAUGCCCCAAAGUCUUCAUCAGCUCCAGUGUCGCAUAAAAAGAAGGAAGAGGGCCUCGACGAUGGGGAGAUAACAGGAGAUUGGGUCAUGCCCAUCCACAACACACGGGAGACCACAGAUGACGUGGACGACCCGGAGGAUGGGGAGAAGAGUGGUAGAUCAGAUGAAAGGAGUGGGCUUUCCCUGGUAGGAGACCUAGCCUCAAGCCAGGAGGACGAAGACGAUGACGAUGACGAGGAUGAGGAUUCAGAGGAUGAGACUUUGACAUCGCUGCUCAACGAGAUAGUCUUUCUCAACCAGCAGAUGAACAAUGACAGCUCUGGGCUGCCUGCUGUCACACAGGCCCGCUUUGCCCACCGCAGCCUGCUGGGGCAGAAGAAGCCAGGGGCAGAGCUGUCAGAGGAGGAGGGCAGCUCCAAGCAAGGGGAGGGUGGGGCUGAACCAGAUGAGGACAGUGCUCUCAGCCCCCUCUUCUUACAGCUGGACGAGGAUCUGCUCAAGUCCAAGGAUUUAAGUCAUGUCAAGAGCAAACCAAAGUCGGCAAGGGGGGAUUAUGUGAAGAGUGUUAUUGGAUCCGAGCUCUUGGAUUCGGUUCCUAAGAGUAACAGGGUGGCCAAUGGCUGUGGCCAACAGAGCCCACCCCAGUCUGGCAAGGGGGGUUCCCUCACGCCUCCCCCCUUGCUGCAGAUGAAAGCUGGCAUUGUGCCUGCAGCGGCAGCCAGCUCCAGAGGCACCAGUAACGAUGGCGAAGUCUCCUGGAGGCCUAUGCCCAGGCUGGCUCCCCUUGGACUGAAAACGAGCAGUAACCCUUCUUUGGACAGCUUGUCAUUAAGUUCUAAAGCCAUGAAAUCACUGGCUCCUGUAAAUCUAAGUAAAGACGGUUCACCCCACCCAUCCUCAUAGUAGUCCUCAAUUAUGUGCAGAAAAAUCAGGGAGAAUUAUAUUGUUGGUUUUUCUUUGAAAGACUUGUUAAUUUGUAUAUAUGUAUGGAAUAUAUCCAAAAGCACUACCUGAUGUGCCUAACAGAGAUCCAAAGGAGAGAGGUUUUUGUUUCACGUUUCAAGGGCAGAGUCUUAACCUGCUCUCUUGCACAGUGGGAGAGCUACCCUUGACCAUUCUUACUGUAGGAAUAAGGGAUAUUAUACUGUCCUUCUGCUUAUUCUUCAUUUUUUUGAAGGGUAGUGCAAUUGUAGAAUGUAAGGGAUAUUGUCUGUUCAUAAAGAUGCAUCACAUAUUUAAAGAUGUAAGAUACUUGUAGUUGCUAGAGUUUUAAUUAGUUCCAUUUUAGCAUGUUUGAUUAAGUGCUAAAUUAAUCAUUCAUGGAAGCCAGGGAAAGGAAACAUUGGAUACUAUCUUGUGCCAUCUCUGCAUGCAUUAAUAGUCUCAGUGGCUUUGUUCCUAAUAUUGCAAUACAUCUCUGGUUUGUUUUUGCAUGUACUCAUAGACAGAUCCCUUCCCUUUGUGAGUGAUACUUCUUAAAGACUUUGUGUCAGGACAGACCGCUUUUAUCCUUCUGGACUUCACAGUAUCUCGCAUGCUCUGUGGUUUGUGUAGAGAAGAAAAAAUUGGAACAUUAAUGAUAGGAAUUAGCUUUACUGCAACACUAAGAACAGCACCAAAGCAAAAAUAGGGCAGGGGUCAGAGGGCAGGCGCUAUUUCUGGCAAGAUCCUUUGUUGUUGUGGAGUGUUACUUUAGGUUUUCAGCUAGGAGAUCAUGUAGUUCAAACUAAGAUGCUUUCCCACCCACCUAGGACAGAACAAAGAUCCUUUUUCACCUUUGGGUCUCUGUGAAAGGGAGGGUGACAUCUGGACCACAGAUCUCAAUCUGUGUUCCAAGUGCCUUUGCUGGCUGGGUGCCCAUAUAUGCAUUUCUGAUGAGGGAGGUUCUUUGUUAAAGACUCUUUCUUAGCAUUUAAAAGUCUUGAUUCUCCUAUGCAGGUCAGCACUGGAAACCUCCAAGCCACCUGCCCAGAACCACGAGUCAAACGUUUAAUUGUUUGAAAUGCCACGUUGAUGAAAAACUAGGAAGAAUGUGUAUCUUUGCAAAAUGUAUUAACUUGGAUGAUGAAUAAUACUUCCUUCCAAAUUUAUAUGCUGUUGUUGCAGAGAGCAGUGUUACAGCACACUAUGCCUAUUGGAACAGAGUUUGAAGUGUUGGCGGAGAUUUUUUUUUCUUUUUGUUAAAUAUUUUCUUAAUUUAAAGUUACUCAAUAAUGUGUGAUAAAUAGCCCAUAGCAGAUAAUGGUACUAUUGGUGUGACCGGAGCAUAAAACUCAUAGAGUCAGGAGGUAGCCUAUGGAGUGAGACUAAUACUACUAAUAUUUUGAAAAUUUGUCUCUUAUAGCAUAAACAGAAAACAAUUGAGAGGAUAAAAAAAGUUGUAAGAAGAAAAGCAGUCCCUGGUGUAUAAUUCCAUCGUUGACUGUUUAAUGUAGACCUUUUUGCAUUUUAAUUAACUUAUUGAGUAGAGUGCCAUAUAUUUGCACUAUAUAGACUGACUCACGUUAAAAGCUAAUAAUGGAGAUUAAUAGUUUUUAGUUUUAUUUUCCAAACACUUAAUGUAAUAUGCAAUUUUCUUUUCAGUAGUGUUGCUUUGCCAGUGAACAUUUAUAAACUUUUCCAGUACAGCCGGAUGGUGUAAUUCUGUAAAAGUGAAAUCACCAGUGCUGUUUUGAUCAUUUAUGUCCAGUGUAAUAAUAAAUAAUAUAAAAUUCUCUGAUCUGGUGCAGGUAAUCGUAAAGGUGAUUUCCCCAUUGUUAGGGAUUGGUAGGAAAGCCUAAGUGGACUGACAGCAAAGUACAUCCAUUCUCAUCUUGAUAACAUCUUUUUCUUGCAUUAGGUGAUAUGUAAUGGUUAAUAUGCAUUUAAGGGGACAAAACUCAUGUCAAAAGAUAGCAUUAAUAUUUAUUCCCGUUAUAGAUUUGUAAAAGUUGGAAAAGCACUUAAUAUGAAUAGCACCCCUCGAUCUAAGACUGCAGUAAAAGCUAAUUAAGACUAGAUUUAAAUGCUGUGCAAGACUCUUGUACUUCAUUAUCCAAUGUUAAUGUCGUAAUUAUUCCUUUUAAAGACAUGAGAAGCCAUAAUACACAUGCUCUCUAGUUUUUCUUUUAAAUAAGGUGGCAUGAAUAUAAGGAAUGGUUUUAUAAAUUUUUCCUUUAUUAAAGUACAAAAAUGCUUUCCUGGUCUAGUUUUACUUCUCUUUGUAGGUCUACCAAUUUGUAAAAUAUUUAUAUGCAGUUAUCUUUAAUUACAAACCUGUAGCUGCUAAGAUUCUAGGAAUAUUGCUUUAGGAUGUUUUCAAUUAAAUUAAGUCUGGUUGAUGUUAAGUCUGUUUAAUUACACACUGCCUGCCUCAUGUUAGAUGUCAUCUUACUGGGUUUGUGGCUUUCAUCCAAAGGUUUCAGUCUCCGAUGAAUGGCCCGUGGUUCUUCAGGUGUUUGAAAACAAAAGUGAAAAUGAGUUGGUAUUCUUCAACAUUAAUAUGAUUUGAUAGAAGAAUAGUUUUGGAAUUCUGCACGAUUUUAAAAGUUUAACUCUCUUCAUUAGGUAGCAGCUGUGCUCCAUUCCUACGUACAAAUGCUAGCCAUUGGUACAAAAGCACUGUUGGGAUUAGAUAAACCGCACUUCAGUUAGGCGGCUGAGAAAAUUUCAGGCUUGAUACCCUUCUCAAAUAGGACUGCUGGAUAGAAUUGCGAUGUGUUGACAUCAAUGUAAUUUUAAAAAAUCACCUUUAGCAACAGCUGUGAGAAAUAUAAUCUUCAGUAUGGUGGCUGGAUCUCUGGAUCUGUUUCAGCAGACUGUUAUUUUAAAUGUACACUCUCGUUUUUUUCCCCAACACCUAUGUGCAGAGCCCUCAUGUGCCUAAUGCAAAGCAAUUUUUAACAAACUGAAGAAAAUGUAUGCAGAUUUUUUAUAUCUAUCCACAGUAUCUGAAAUACACCUUGUAUUCCUAGCUUUGUCCCAGGAAUCUCACCAGUACCUUCCCUGUUGCAAAAUAAACCUGUCCACAGUUUACACUUAGUAACCAGAGUAACCACUUAUGUGAGUAAAUGUGAGUAAAUAUGUAAAUAUUAAAUUAAAAAAAACUUUGUGCAAACAUUUAACAGUGAGUGAUGAUAUGAAGUCAUUAAGCACUGUUGUCUUCAAGAAGGAAAGUUAAGUUGUAUCUGUAGAAUUAGCAACAAUCUUUUUUGUUAAAUCUGGUAUCCCAAAUGUCUACAGAUGAUUUAUAACCAAUGAAAUACUGAAAUCCCUGCUGUUCUCUGUAUUUUCCUUGUUGAAGAAAAAUGUAAAUAUUGUGAUUAUUUUUUAUGCUUUUUUGGGAAAAAUCUAGGCAGUUUGCACUGUAUAUGUAGGCAGUUUUUGUAAGGACAAAGACACUAUUUUUAUAAAGAUCUGUACUACUCAAAACAUUGAUGUCUCCAGAGUUUAAAUAAGAGAAAGGCGGCCUUUAAAUAAAUUGUAACUAUAGAUGAA